AUGGCGGCCCUGGCCCUCUCGGGCGUCCUGGACAUCGGCAAGGCCGCGAAGCCCGAGGAGGAGGUCAGCGCGGCGGCGCAGCUCGCGUCCCCGACGUCCUUCGCCCUCGCGCCCGUCGUGGACCCCGCGGCCUACUCGGCGCAGAACUUCGGCGUGGGCUACGGCACGGACCACCACCAGGACGUCAAGUUCGCCAAGGGCACGACGACGCUCGCGUUCAAAUUCAACGGGGGCGUCAUCAUCUCCGUCGACUCGCGGUCGACGAUGGGCCCGUACAUCGCGUCGCAGACGGUGAAGAAGGUCAUCGAGAUCAACCCCUUCCUCCUGGGCACGAUGGCCGGCGGCGCGGCGGACUGCUCCUUCUGGGAGCGGAACCUGGGCACGCAGUGCCGCAUGUUCGAGCUCCGGAACAAGCGGCGCGUGUCCGUCGCGGCGGCGUCGAAGAUGCUCGCCAACACCAUGUACUCCUACCGCGGGCGGGGCCUCUCCAUGGGCACCAUGGUCUGCGGCUGGGACGAGACGGGGCCCCAGCUCUACUACGUCGACGACGACGGCACGCGGCUCCACGGCAACGUCUUCUGCGUCGGCUCCGGGUCCACGUACGCCUACGGCGUCAUCGACUCGAACCUGCGCGACGACCUCACGGUGCCCGAGGCCAUCGACCUCGGCCGCCGCGCCAUCGCCGGCGCCGCGCACCGCGACGCCUACAGCGGCGGCUGGAACAACCUCUACCACAUGAAGGAGACGGGCUGGGAGUUCAUCGGCGCCGUCGACACGAACGACCUCUACUACCACUACAUCCACAAGGGCGAGGGCGGCGGCGCGCCGCUCCCGCCGCCCAAGCCCACGCCCUCCAACUGCUAG